AUGCCUCCCUCUCCCCUGGACGACAGGAUUGUGGUGGCGCUGCCCAGGCCGAGCCGACCUCAGGAGCUAACUCUGUCCCUGGAUUCCAGUUACCUGGACACCUUCAGCAGCGGCGAGCACACGGUCAUCAGCACCACAGUGGUGACCAUCCGGGCCACGUAUAUGCCCUCUUCCAAGGGCUCCACGCGCUCUCUGUCGUGUGGAUGUAGCAGUGCCAGCUGCUGCUCUGUCACCACCUAUGAGCGGGACAGUCCCAGUCUGAGCCACAGCAGCCCAAACCUCUCGUACGCCGGGACGCCCAGCCCUCAGCUGCCCCCGCUUCGUAGCCAUGAGGCCCGCAGUGUGCCCAGUCUGGCCUCAGGGCUGGUCCCGCACACCCCCAAAGUUCUCCCCAGGGCCCUGCCCACAGCCCUGCCCAAGCUGCUGCCCUCUGUGCGCCUCAUGCACCCCAACGAACUGGCCAAGAGACUGAGCUGCUGCCCCCUGGGACACACCAUGGGCCCAGUCCCAGUCAUCAUCGACUGCAGGCCGUUCACGGAGUACAACAAGUGCCACAUCCACGGAGCCGUGCACAUCAACUGUUCAGACAAGAUGAGCCGGCGCCGGCUGCAGCAGGGGAAGAUCACCGUGCUGGACCUGCUCUCCUGCAGAGAGGACCAGGACGCCUUCAAGGGGCUGUUCUCCAAAGACAUCGUGGUUUAUGACGACAGCACCAUGGACCCACACCGCCUCAACCCGGCACAGCCACUACACGUGGUUCUGGAGUCCCUGCGCAGAGAGGGCAAGGACCCCAUGGUCCUCAGAGGAGGCCUGAGCUGUUUCCGCACGAGCCACGAGAACCUGUGCGAACACUCCCUGCACUUGGAGCCCUGCAGCUCUUCGUCCGGCCUCACGGCGGCGCUACCUCACCCCCUCCCCUCCGGGCCGGACCACAUGGAGCACACGGAGCCCACCCCUAUCCUGCCCUCGCUGUACUUGGGCAAUGAGCAGGACGCCCAGGACCUGAGGCUGCUGCAGCGGCUCCGCGUGGGCUUCAUCCUGAACGUCACCACGCACCUGCCGCUCUUCCACUACGACAGCGGGAUCUUUGUCUACAAGCGCCUCCCCGCCACCGACAGCAACAAGCAGAACCUACGGCAGUACUUCGAGGAGGCCUUCGAGUUCAUAGAGGAGGCGCAGCAGUCGGGCACGGGCCUCCUCAUCCACUGUCAGGCGGGCGUGUCGCGGUCCGCCACCAUUGUCAUUGCGUACCUGAUGAAGCACACCUGGAUGACCAUGGCGGACGCUUACAAGUACGUGAAGACGCGGAGGCCCAUCAUCUCGCCCAACCUCAACUUCAUGGGCCAGCUGCUGGAGUUUGAAGAGGACCUCAACAACGGCCUCACUCCACGGAUCCUGGCGCCCAAGCUCACGGGGGUGGAGACGGUCGUGUGA